CAAUCUCGUCCACUCAUUGGCUUGUUGACGGCAACGUCACGCGACUCUUCUUCUCUUUUAAAAAGCAGGCGGGAAGCAAGCGGCGCGUUAUUUCUUCAUUUCAGCGUGCGAUCAGACGCGUGUGGUUAUAAACGCACAGUCCAGCGGCAGCAGCAGCAAUGGUGAGAACUAAAGCUGACGGUGUUCCCGGCACUUACAGAAAAGCUGUUGCCGCUUCGGCGCCCCGGAAAUCACUCGGCGCGUCCGGAUCCACGAACUCUCAGAGCAGCAGCGCGCAGACGGGCACGCCUGGCAAGGGUAAAUACGCAGGAGGAAACCCUGUGUGCCCGCGCCCCACCCCUUCCUGGCAGAAGGGUAUUGGAGAUUUCUUCGGAGGUCCCGGCAGAAUACCAGAGAAGGAGAAUCUUCAUCCAAAGUCUGAUGAUGAUGAUGAGGAAGCUGGUGGCAGCGGGGUCACUAAAGCACCUAGGAAAUCCAGGCCGAUUAUUGAUGAUGAGGAGGAGGAAGAUGAAUAAUUUCAUAAUGAAUUUCACUUUGUUGAUUGACAUGAUUUUACUGUAAAUCUUUUGUAAAUACUUUAUUUGGAUGUGUCCUUUCAUUUUGUACAGACAUUUAAUAAAAUGUUUUUUUUUCUGAGAA